AUGCUACAUCAUCAGAAAACAAAAAAUCAUAUUAAUUAUCAAAUUGUGGAGUCAUCACCAUUGAAAACGAGAGAUUCAGAUGCCCGGAAGCACUCUUUCAGCCGACAUUUUUUUGGUAUAGAAGCAUCAGGUAUCCACGAGACAACUUACAACUCAAUCAUGAAGUGCGAUGUCGAUAUCAGAAAGGACUUGUACGGAAACAUCCCUAAUCAAGGCUGUUUAUGCUUGGCUCAAUUUAAUUAUAUUCAUAUUGGUGUUUAUUUGGUUUCGUUUUAA